GUAAGCACGCACGCACGCAAACACACACACAUACACACACACACACACAGACACACACACACACACACACACACCUUCAGCCCUACAACUUGAUGAAGUUUUCCUCCUAAGUUUACACUCAGCGCGGACCAGCCCCCUGUUCAGCAGCAUGACUCUAUCCAACAACUGGUGGCUUUUGUGCGCUGUUUCUGUCUCCUGUCUCGCUGGUUUCGGGUCCUGCAGACAACAUAGAGAAGAAGGAGGCCAACCCGAGCUAUUCAUCUUCAACGAGCUGUGCGCCCUGAAGGAUGAGCCGGGGCCCUGCAAGGCCAUCAAGGACCGCUACUUCUUCAACGUCGACACGGGUCACUGUGAGCUCUUUGAGUACGGAGGCUGCGGGGGAAACGCCAAUAAUUUCCCGACCAUGGAGGCAUGUGAGGAAACGUGUGUCGUCUCAGAUGACAAGAACCCGUGUCACUUAGGCGAGGCUCCUGGCCCCUGUCGAGGGCUGUUGACGCGCUACUUCUUUGACAGCGACAGUCAGCAGUGCAAGCAUUUCUACUACGGCGGCUGCUUUGGCAAUGCCAACAAUUUCAAGAGCAUGGCGGCGUGCCAGGCCAAAUGUCAGAACCCAGCAAAACCCACUAGGGCACCAGACGUCAACACACGGUCUGCUAGAAAAUCCAUUGUGCAGCCAACCACGUUAACUGGGGAACUGACUGUAAAAGAAGCUCAGGUGCAAACGAAUGGCACUAAUGGAGAGCCAAGAGACUUCAAGCCGGCCGCGCUGUGCUUCAGUCCCGUGGAGAGGGGACCAUGUGACGGGGCGGAGAAGAGGUUUGCAUACAACCCCAAGACCAAGAGAUGCCUGAUGUUUCAGUACAGCGGCUGCGGUGGAAACAACAACAAAUUCACACACAGGAAAGACUGUUUUCACAAGUGCAUUCGAGGCAGAAAGGGUAUGAUUAAUGGGACGAGUACGAUCCGAAUAAGGAGGAAAAACAUCGACAACAUUGUUAAUCGCUCAGCGUGAACGCCUUGCUCUGCUUUACAUCCUGCACUACUGUGGAGCCAUCUGUAUUUAUGUUCAUAUGUUAUGUUUAGCUAUACUCAUAUCUGUUGUUUUGCAGUGUACCGUGUACCUUAUAUUUGUUGUGACUGAAUGCAAUCAUCAUUAUUCACAUUAUUUCAAUA